UUUUUGCCCUAAUAUUCACACACACCUCCCUCUCUCCAUCUGAGGCAACAUGAGGACCUCCGACCACGACGGCGCCAUGGCCAGACGCGGAGGAGGAGGAUCCUCGGCGGCGGUGGACAAGGACGUCGAUUUCGCUCAAUACUUCUGCACCUAUGGGUUUCUCUACCACCAGAAGGACAUGCUCUCCGAUCGAGUUCGCAUGGACGCAUACUACAACGCCGUCUUCGAGAACAAGCAUCACUUCUCCGGCAAGACUGUCUUGGAUGUGGGGACAGGGAGUGGAAUUCUUGCGAUUUGGUCGGCCCAAGCUGGAGCAAGGAAGGUUUAUGCUGUCGAAGCGACUAAGAUGGCUGAUCAUGCUCGUGCCCUUGUCAAAGCCAACAAUCUUGACCACGUUGUGGAAGUUAUAGAAGGAUCAAUGGAGGAUAUUACAUUGCCAGAGAAAGUUGAUGUGAUUAUCUCGGAGUGGAUGGGAUACUUCCUUCUGCGAGAGUCCAUGUUUGAUUCCGUGAUCUGUGCUCGUGACCGGUGGCUCAAGCCAACAGGUGUCAUGUAUCCUAGUCAUGCCCGCAUGUGGUUGGCACCGAUUGUAUCUGCGCAGGCAGAUCGUAAAAAGUGUGAUUAUGAUGCAGAGAUGGAUGAUUGGCAUAACUUUUCGGAUGAGAUCAAGAACUACUAUGGUGUUGAUAUGAGUGUACUAACAAAACACUACUCUCAUGAGCAAGAAAAGUAUUACUUACAGACAGCUAUCUGGAAUAACCUGAGUCCACAACAACUGAUUGGGACCCCUACCAUUGUUAAGGAAAUAGACUGUUUGACAGCUACGGUUAGUGAUAUUGCCGAAGUCAGGUCGAACGUCCUGUCAACCGUUAGCGUUCAGAAUACGAGGCUCUGCGGCUUUGGUGGUUGGUUCGAUGUUCAUUUUCGGGGAAGGAAGGAGGAUCCAGCAUUGCGAGAAGUCGAGUUAACCACAGCUCCUAGCGAUGAUUAUUGCACUCACUGGGGACAACAGGUUUUUGUCUUGAAUCCGACAGUUAACGUUGGGGAAGGCGAUGGUCUGAGUGUAUCGUUGAUAAUGACACGCUCAAAGGAAAAUCAUCGGUUAAUGGAGGUAGAGCUCGGCUGCGAAAUUAAACCGCCUUCUGGGAACCAGGUUUCAUCCUUCAGGAAGAAGUACUUCAUAGAGUGAUUUCAGUCGCAUAAUCAAAUAUUCAGUCACAAGUUCUUUACCAAAAGGGGUUAUGAUUCUGCAACUUUGUCUUCUGUCUGUAUUUUGUUUUGUGUUUCUGCAACUGUAACAAAAGAGAGAAUUUCAGAGUACUUUUUAUUUCUGUCCAAAUUCUAUUUUUGUC